AUAGAAGGUUUGUUAACAGUCAAAGAAAGUUUUGACAGAAGGUUCUCAAACCUUAAAGAAGGCAAAGCAUACAAACUUGUUAUACCUUAUGAACCAAAGAAGACAGACGACUAUGAAUAUUAUGAGUCUAAAGUUGUAGAAGUUCAAGGUAAAUUGGGUAAAAAGAUUUUAGAGUCUAAGCCAGUGUUUACUCCUAAAGAGGAAGAGAACAUUGACAUUGACCAGAAAUGUUCUAA